AGCUGCCUCCAGAGCUCUCUCCAGGGGGGUCUCCUCUGUCCCCUCCGCUGCCAUCCCCCGGCGGGGGCUCAGAGCUGCGCUUCCACCGGCGCCAUGGGGCCAACGCUCUGCUCACCAACGGCGGCCGCACGGCGCUGCGCCAGAACUGCCGCGCUGAGUUCAACGACGCCAUCGUGGUCUCCAACAGGGCGCUGCGGGACGGGGAGCUGUUUGAGAUCGUCAUCCAGAAGAUGGUGGAUCGCUGGUCGGGGUCCAUCGAGGCGG